AUGUUCCGGAACCCGCGCCGCGCCGCCCUCCUCCUCGCCGCCGGCGCCGCGGCGGCGGGAGCGGGGGGCCUCCUCGACCGCCGCGACUACGCCACGGACGUCAGCGUCUCGGUCUCCGCGCCGCUCCGGCAUCUCCUCUCAGCGGCCUCCACGGCGCUCCCCUUCCGCAACCCCCUCCUCGCGCCGUGGCAAGGGGGGUUUCCUAUACUAAAUUCCUUUGCAUCUGCAUCGGAUGCACCCAUUAACGCGAGCAACCAUGGUUCUGGUGGAAACUCAGAUGAUUCGAGAUGUGGCCGAGGAUGUCUAGGCAGGGAUUCAAUUGCCAAUGCUGCAGCUGCAGUUGGUCCUGCUGUUGUAAAUAUUUCCUGUACGCAUGGUGAGAAUGUAACUGCAAUUCAUGGAUGGGCGCUAGAGAAGAGCAUUGGAUCAGGAACUAUAAUAGAUCCAGAUGGGACAAUAUUGACAUGUGCCCAUGUUGUUGCAGAUUUCCAAAGCACAAAACCAGUUCUAAGGGGAAAGGUUAGUGUGACUUUACAAGAUGGUCGUGAAUUUGAAGGCCAUGUCGUCAAUGCUGACCGCCACUCGGAUAUCGCUGUUGUGAAAAUUAAAUCAAAGACACCUUUACCAGCUGCAAUACUUGGAUCAUCAUGUAAUAUUCGACCAGGUGAACAUGUUGUUGCUUUGGGCUGCCCACUUUCUCUUCAGAACACAGUUACAUCUGGCAUUGUGAGUUGUGUUGACCGGAAAAGUAGUGAUCUGGGUCUUGGAGGAAUACGGAGGGAGUAUCUACAAACAGACUGUGCCAUCAAUAGGGGAAACUCUGGAGGCCCUCUUGUGAACCUCGAUGGUGAGAUUAUUGGAGUUAAUGUGAUGAAAGUUUGGGAUGCAGAUGGCUUGAGCUUUGCAGUACCAAUUGACUCUAUUGUGAAAAUUGUGGAGCACUUCAAGAGAAAUGGGAGAGUAGUACGACCGUGGCUUGGUUUAAAGAUGCUUGAUCUUAACCCAAUGGUCAUUGCACAACUUAAAGAAAGAUCAAGUUCUUUUCCAGAUGUAAGGAAAGGUGUGCUUGUUCCAAUGGUUACACCAGGAUGCCCAGCUGAACGUGCAGGAUUUGCUCCUGGGGAUGUAGUUGUUGAGUUUGAUGGUAAACCAGUGGAAAGUAUCAAAGAGAUAAUUGAUAUCAUGGGGGACAAGGUUGGAGUUCCAAUUGAAGUUCUUGUGAAAAGGGCGAACAAUGUAUCUGUGACUUUGACAGUUAUACCAGAGGAAGCAGAUGCCAGCAGAUGACCCACAGUUAAACUAGGAGGAGAAUCUUCCAGUACAACUAUAAUUUUCCUUGGAAUAUAUUUUGUAUAGCCCAUAGAUGUUAUGUUGAGUUCGAACGAAUAACUAGGAAAGACUGAUCAAUCUUUUUCCCCAGAAGGGGAAAAACCGUAGGCAAUUUGGAUGUCGUAAUGCAGUGCUGAGCUGCAAAAUGAGUCAUUUGUAUCAUAUGUUGACAAAUUGAGGUUCAUUUUGCUUCUUUUGGGCAAUACAUGCAAGUUUAGCAUUUCA